ACAAGAUGGCCAUGUGAUGGGCAGGCUGGGCAGGGUUCAGGACUAGAGGGGGUUGCUUUGAGCCUGCUCCAGCCACCACUCUGAGCCCUCCAGACCAGGGGGCUCUGACAGGGUGAGCCCAAAACCAUACACAGGACCACAGCCCACAGCCCCCUCCUUGUCACAUGAGGCAUGAUGUUGGAGAGGGGCUGGCCCCAGGGCAGGGUGUUUUCACACCACUGGCCUCUGCAAGAUGUGAGAGCUUUGGCAGUGCCUGGGGGACUUCGUGAUCAGUGGAUGUGGUGUGGAGGGCCCAGGCUGGCUUAGCACGCUUGGGUCAUGCCUGGGGCAGACCUUCACCCAAUGCUCAGGGCCCAUCUCCCCAGAAAAAGCCCCAGACACCUCCCUCCAGUCCACAGCUCUGCCCACAGGUGGGGGCAGGGCGGAGGUGGGCAUCUGGGGUCCUGUGUCAGCCCUGGGAAGUGGACAAGCACCCAGACCAGUGUUGCUUUCUGAGCGCUGGGUGGAUGGAGGCAUCCGGAUGUGAUGUUACCUAUUUGCACAACAGGGACAGCGGGGAAAGGAAGCUAGGGAGCCUGGGAGGCUCUCCCUCCUCCUGAAGGUAUGGCACUCUUCUGUCAACCACCCCCUAUGCUUCAGGGACCUUGGGGCUCAACUGAAGCCAGGUGCAAGCCACAACGGGACUGUUUCUUUGGUGCCCAGGCGCGUGUCCCAGGCGUCCUGGUGCAGGAAGAGCCCAGGACGGAAUGCAAUUGCUCCUCUCCUGCCCCGCCCGCCUGGAGCUGGUCUUUGAGGACUGGAAGUCUGGCUAGUUAACUAGCCAAUCUCCCCAGAAGGCGAACCUACAGGCUCUAGCGUUGGAGGCCACCACAGCGAACCUCAGGGACACGGCCUGCCCUGGAAGCGCACGGGCCAGAGACCCAGGAUCCAAGAGCUAGUCUUUGGCCGCUGGCAGGAGAGGAGAGGGCUGCGGUCCGGGCAGCACCUGCACUGAGGAGACGCUCUCCUGGGACCAGCCUCUGUCUGGGACGCACAACCUGUCCUCCUGGCCAUGGGCGGCGCCGUGGUUGACGAGGGUCCCACCGGCAUCAAGGCCCCUGAUGGGGGCUGGGGCUGGGCCGUCCUCUUUGGCUGCUUCGUCAUCACGGGCUUCUCCUACGCCUUCCCCAAGGCAGUCAGCGUCUUCUUCAAGGAGCUCAUGCGUGAGUUUGGGAUCGGCUACAGUGACACGGCCUGGAUCUCCUCCAUCCUGCUGGCCAUGCUGUACGGGACAGGCCCACUCUGCAGCGUGUGUGUGAACCGCUUUGGCUGCCGGCCCGUCAUGCUCGCGGGUGGCCUCCUGGCAUCCCUGGGCAUGGUGGCUGCAUCCUUCUGCGGAAGCAUCAUCCAGCUCUACCUCACUACCGGGGUCAUCACCGGCUUGGGCUUGGCACUCAACUUCCAGCCCUCCCUCAUCAUGCUCAACCGCUAUUUCAACAAGAGGCGCCCCAUGGCCAAUGGGCUGGCGGCCGCGGGCAGCCCUGUGUUCCUGUGCGCCCUGUCCCCACUGGGGCAGCUGCUGCAGGACCACUAUGGCUGGCGGGGCGGCUUCCUCAUCCUGGGGGGCCUCCUGCUCAACUGCUGCGUGUGUGCCGCGCUCAUGAGGCCCCUGGAGGCAUCCCGGCCGGGUUCGGGGCCCGGGCCCCAGCGGCCAGCCAGGCGGCUGCUGGACCUGAGCGUCUUCCGGGACCGUGGCUUUGUCAUCUACGCCGUGGCCGCCUCCAUCAUGGUGCUGGGGCUCUUUGUGCCCCCCGUGUUCGUGGUGAGCUACGCCAAGGACCUGGGUGUGCCCGACACCCAGGCUGCCUUCCUGCUCACUGUCUUGGGCUUCAUCGAUAUCUUCGCCCGGCCCGCCGCGGGCUUCAUCACGGGGCUUAAGAAGGUGCGACCGUACUCCGUCUACCUCUUCAGCUUCUCUAUGUUCUUCAACGGCUUCACGGACCUCACGGGGUCCACGGCCAGCGACUACGGUGGCCUGGUGGUCUUCUGCAUCUUCUUCGGCAUCUCCUACGGCAUGGUGGGGGCCCUGCAGUUCGAGGUGCUCAUGGCGAUUGUGGGCACCCAGAAGUUCUCCAGUGCCAUUGGCCUCGUGCUGCUGCUGGAAGCCAUUGCCGUGCUCAUUGGGCCCCCGUCGGGCGGCAAGCUCCUGGAUGCGACGCACGUCUACCAGUACGUGUUUCUCCUGGCAGGGGCCGAGGUGCUGGCCUCCUCCCUCGUGCUGGUGCUGGGCAACUUCUUCUGCAUUAAGAAGAGGCCCGAGGCGGCUGUGGAGGAGGGGGAGCGCCACAAGCCCCCCGCGGACGUGAGGGUGGACUCUCGGGAGGUGGAACACUUCCUGAAAGCAGAGCCUGAGAAAAACGGGGAGGUGGUUCACACCCCAGAAACGAGCGUCUGAGCGGAGGAGGCCAGCAGGGGUGAGGGAACCGGACAGAGACUUCAAGGCUCGUGUUUAUUUCACAAACAGGACCGGCUUGGGUGGGGCCGUCCGUGUGUCUCGGGGGGCUGGUGAGGUGGGGACCGUGUCAUUCCAAAGCAGGUCUGUGGUAGAGCCAAGCCUCGAGGUUACAAGCCGUCUGCACCAGGACACAGCCUGCUGACCCCAGAGCAGCUUGGUGCCCACCGCUGUGCUCAGGGACCUAGAAACCCAUGCUUCAGAGACAACACGACCGGGGUCAGGGGCGGAGCGGCACCGUCUCGGGAGAGACCCCCCCCCCCCACCCCAUGUGGCUGGCUGCACCCCGUCCCGCCCCACCUCCACCACGGAGCUCUAGCCCGCCCCUCGCCGAGUGUUGGGGGACAAACCUCCCUUCCUCCGCUUCUGAAGGUCUGAAAUAAACCCGCGUAUGGGAGGAGCCACCUUGGAAGGAAUGUCUUCAAAGAGCCGGGGUCUCCUUCUACGAGGGGCAGGGGUCUGACCGUUGGCUCCGAACUCACUUUUUCAACAGACAACCUGGUCAUUUUUACAAAGUGGCUCUGGCCCUUGUCAGCUGGGUCGGCUUUAAGCGCUGCUGGCUCUGGACCCUGUGUUGCUGGAGCCCAGAUGGCUCAGAGCAUCCACCCAGGGGCCCCGUGGCUGGAAGGGGUCUGGCCGCACCCAGGAGCCCCUUUGAGGCGUGGGCACUUCCGCUGAGACAUACGUGUGAUUCGUGUUCACUAUGUGUGUGUUUAAAGAAAAUGAUCUUCCUGC